UGCAGUGACUUCUGUAUUUUACGUAACAAUUAACUAAUAAGUAAUUAAGAGGGGAGCGAUUCUGGAGGUGUUACAAUGGGGCUCAUCUGGUCCAGCCUUGCUCAUCUGGCCCAGCCUUGUUACCUGCCUAGAGCCAGCGCACGUGAUAGCCACCCCCACCGCCCUCUCUCACACCCCACUGCCGCGCCAGACAUGUGGGGCUCAAAUGCUUCCACCGCCGCCUCAGAGUCGACCGACUCCCUUUCCCCGUCCCCCUCCCAGUCUGCCGCCGUAGAGUUCCCCCUGCCCAUGUCCGCUUCCUCCUCCUCCACCUCCUCCCAGCCUCUCUUUGAUUGGCCCGUCUCCAAGCCCACCUCGCCCCGCACCCGCACGGACCCGUUCGACACUUUUGAUCCCGUAUCCUCGAGCUCAGAGGAUGAUCCCGUCCCUCAAGAGACCCGCCGUGCCGGUCACCAUCGCUCCGUAACAGACCCUCUUUUACGAGAUGGCCAACCACUGGAUAUGGAAUUCACUACUGCCGGACCGCCUGUACAGGGCUACGACUUUGAACAGCCGCCCACGUUUAGCAGAGCGUUAUCUUCCCCUCUCCCAGCUAAAGUCGGCUCGCUUAGACACCCUAUGCCAUUCACCAUUGGCGGUUUAGGCUCUCGCAAUGUGAAUUCAGCCCAUCGUCCCCUACCGACUACACCCCUGCAUUCCAUAUCCGUUGAGUUGGCCGAUUCCUUGCAAUCGGCCAUUCAAACAUUACUGCAUCUAUCCCCACCUCACUUACUCGAUAGCGCGAAAGAACAGUAUUCUGGAUGCGCGGUACAGAUACCUGCUACCUCGCUUUCGGCUCUUUUGACCUCAAUGAGAAGCCUCAACUUUUUAUCGGCGCAUGCUGAAGAACUGGUCGACAUGGGCGCAGGUGGAGACCAAAUUGUACUCCACCGAGAAGACUUCGAUAUAGGAGAACUUUUGCAAAAUGUCGCGGAUAUGUUGAGUGGAGAAGCAGCAGAAAAACGUAUCGAUUUCGUUUUAUUCCAUGGCGACGUAGCGAUGAAGCAUGUCAGUGUGUAUGGAGAUUCUGAUGGAAUCAGCUAUGCCUUGAGUCAUGUUAUUCGACAAAUAUUGGCAGUAGCCAAUUACGAUGAUACCAUAGAACUCGGCCUUCAAGUCAUUCCUCAAAGUCCAUCUUUAAUUUCCGCCGUCGGACUUCCCAUAGCAUCGGUGGAUGUUAGUGGAGGAGGUGGUGGCAAGUCAGCGUCCACAUCUCGGUCAGGCUCCCCCAGUAACAGCCUGUCACGAUCUAAUUCUGCCCAAGACGGGCCCCUUCUCUGUGUGUUCGAAAUAGUACAUAACAUCUAUCAGCCACCACCAAGCUCGGCAUCUGCCACUCCUAAAGCCGAGCUAAACCCUUUCACUCAUCUUGCCGAAGAAAGCGAAUCCUUGAGACCAAGAUUGGAUACAGCAUUUUGCAAGAACCUGCUUCGUCGACAGAAUGCUGUCCUCAAAGUUGAUGUUCCGCCUUCAUCCCCUUUAGGUUCCGGGAUGCCCCGUAGAGCUUACAUGUUAUCAGUGCUUCUACCAAGGGGUAAACCUAUCACUGAGCCUGCAAUACUUUCUAAAGAGGAACAAGAAGUUCGUCAACCAUUUUCAUCGCGCCUACUUGCCCGAGAACCCACCCUCAAUGAGCUCUCAGAAUUUGCCGAAUCAUUAAGAGGAAGAAAGGUGUUUAUCCAUGCCAAUUUGAGUAGCGUUUUCGCAAGACACCUUACGAGCUACCUAGCUGCAUGGGGAAUGGAUAUAUCGCAUUUACCGACAGAUGGCGAUGAGGCCGACAAAACGAAGGAUCUGGCGGCCAAGCGUGACUCGGCUUAUACUGGAUCUAUGGGUGUGCUAGACGGCAGCACUUCCAGCGCAGAAACGCCCUAUUCAGUUAAACCGAUCGGCAUGACUGCUGUUCAACCUGGACAUUUUGUCAUUGUGGACGAUGAUAUUGCGGUCUUGCGCCGUGAACUCGCACGCAUCCGUGCAGGAUUACUUCCCAUUCCCUUGAAACCUAGAUUAUCUAAGCGUCCCACUAUGACUUCUCGAACCCGUUCCUCCCCUUCAGUGCGACAGGUCCCCCCGAGGUCACCGGGCGCUGUACUUAUACACUUUACCUCCCUUGCCAAUUAUAACCGGGUUAAAGACGUUAUUGCGAGCUUUGUGGGGGCGCCAGGGUUAACCAAUGCGGAAACGUAUGUCCAGCCGGAGGUGAUGGUGAUACCCAAGCCUGUUGGACCACGAAGAUUUUUGACUGCUCUGCAUACCGCUGUGAAACAGCCUAUGGUUGACCCAUUUUUCUCUCCGAUCGCCACGUCUCCCAGAUCACCCGGUGGAGGUUACUUUGGUGGUUUGCGGACUCCGACAGAGAGAGAAUCAGGAUUCUUUGAUUCUGUUGCAGAAGAACCACAUGAAGAGGCGGAUCCGCGACCGGAUUAUGGCACUGUGCAGAAAGCCAGAUCUCCUUUGGGAGAAUUUCCGCCUUCUGCCGCACAAAUCGUUCGUACCAACCAGGGCCUGCAUCUUUCGCUCCCCACUCCAAAUGAAAUCGUGACAACACCUGCUCCAGAAUACUUUUCUGGGGCUUCCAAGUCUCCUAGCUCUGGUGCAUCUGGAAUAGUAAUGCAGAGCCCUGAUGGACGCCCCUUCGGAAUGUUUUUCGAACCGCCCAUAAAAAAUGAGCGCCGCGGAUCUACUCACAGGACGCCUUCCGAUUCCAUCAGGAGGAAACAAGCGAACCGCCGUGCGUCUGCAAGUGAUGAACCCUUUUCUUCACCUUCAACCGCCCUACCUCCCCGUCGCUCGUCCACAAUUUCUACGGCUGGCAAUGAGGAACACCGCAGUUCACCCAUCGCUAACGUCACAGACCGUCCCACCCAUUCAAGGGUGAAUUCAAGAAGGAAAAACAAUCUUCCGGCGACGGAGGAACCGAUUUUGGCUGUGGGCAGGGCAAAAGGCAGGGAGAGGUCGGAGACUGUCACGAAAGGAGGGGACUCGGGGUCGAGAAAGGGUACGCCAGCGGCAAGUCCGCGUACAGAGGAGAAGAAGGAAUUGGAAAGAGGCGAGAAGGCGGUGAUGCCCAAGAGCGUGGCUCCAUUAACUGCUCCUGCGAAGAAGAAUGCUAAAGUCGAUGUUGUGGUGCCGCCCAUCAACGUGCUGAUUGUCGAAGAUAACCCCAUCAAUCAAAACAUUUUGAGUAUGUUCCUGAGAAAAAAGAAGAUAAAGAAUUCUUCGGCCAAGGAUGGCGCAGAAGCUGUUGAAAAGUGGAGGACUGGAGGCUUCCAUCUGAUUUUGAUGGACAUCCAAUUGCCCGUCAUGGAUGGCAUAGCUGCUACAAAAGAGAUUCGUCGACUUGAACGUCACAAUAACAUUGGCGUUUUCCCAUCGACUCCAGCGGCCGAACUUCCGCGGGGUCCAAAUGUCGCGGAUUCUCCAGCACCAUCUUCUCCAUUUCGCUCGUCAGUCAUCAUUGUCGCCCUGACAGCCUCGUCCUUGCAAAGUGACAGAGUAGCUGCUCUGGCUGCUGGCUGUAAUGACUUCUUGACCAAGCCGGUGUCUUUAAAAUGGUUGGACAAAAAGAUUGUCGAGUGGGGUUGUAUGCAGGCGUUGAUUGAUUUUGACGGCUGGCGACGAUGGAAGAGCUCCGAUACCAAGAAUCCUAGCGAAACUAAGCAAGGCUUCUCAGUGGGUCCUCAACAAGCUGCUAGAUCGCUUGCUAGCAGACUACGCAUUGAACGCAAAGGCUCUCGAUCUCCUGCAGCACCAGUAUCAACUCCACGACUCAAUUUGCAAUCGGCAACCCCAGAUAGGCCAGAAACCCCCGCAGACUCCACGUCGCAAAUGCCGAAGGCUCCGCCGGUUGCAGCCUCUGACCCCCCAUUAUCUCCCAAGUCACUGAACAAGACAAUUAAUGAUGUCUUUGAGCAAGCAGACGCUAGACUCGAAAACGCGCGGGAGGAACAGGGAGUAUCAAGUCGAAAGGAAAACGCAAGCUUAACAGAUUCAACGAACACUACCAUUACCAUUGCGCCCUCGAAGACCUAUCCAGCCCCUCCCUCAUGAUGAUCGAAGCCCGACAAUAGUAUACAUCUCCGCACUUCUUUUGUUUGAUUAGUCCAGUCAUUGUUCAGAUCUUCUCCGUUCUUGGUUCACAGCUGUUUCCGGUUCAUACUGUAUCAUUAUUGCAAGAGUUGCAAUCAUACAUGCAAUGCCUAAUCCAAG